UCGACGUCUCGAACUCAUGAGCGCGCGCAGCGACAGCGGCCAUAGCCGCAACAGCAGCACGGCCAGCAGCGGUCUAGCGCCGCCACCUCCAGGCAGCGCCCCCAUGCCGCCCAACCCCAGCGCAGGUCGCUUUUCGCUGCUCGACCAGGUCUCCCCCGAAGUGACGCAGAGCAACCCGUUGCACCAAUUGCUGCAGCACCAGCACCAGCUCCCUGCGCCUCCUUCUCAGCCAAUGAGCAGUCCGAACCAGUUCCUACAGCAGUUCCUGGCCUCGUCCUCCAGCUCCAUGCCUAUGACUAUCAACCAUAUGCGUCCCAUGCCUCCUAUGAGCGCCCCGAACUCGCUUUUACCCCACUUCCAGCCGAAUCUGCCAGUCCAUGGAGCCUUCCCGCCUCCCAGAUCGGCUCCUUUGCCUCCUGCCUUCUCCCAGUUCCAACCUGUACCUAGUCUCUCUUCCACCGGUGGAGGGGUACACCCUGCUGGUCCACGCAGUGCCACAACUGUCUCAAUGGACGGCAGUCGCAGUAACGGAGCUGGCGGGUCCGCCUCCAGCUCACUAACAGGAUCCCCCAGACGUGCAGGUACCGCAGGAUUCGGAGCUGCUGACGCACCCACGUCACCUCCAGGCGUUAGACUCAGUGGAGAGAACAUAGAGUACCAGCCACGUGGAGAUAACGGUGACAGCAGAUCGCUGGAAGUCAUGCCGAUCACGCUCUACAACUCUGAACGCAUCUCUCAAUUGGGCAACUUGAUCUCAGUGAACGAGCACUUUAUUUCGUACCCGAUCAGGAACGGCUUGAUCCGUGUGAUCAGCCAAAGCUCAGUGGACAGACUUUUGCUUCGGAAGCACGAGCAUCACGCAGUCACGGAGCUGGCUUUUUUCAGUAGCAAGUCGGAUUUAUUGCUAAGCUCCGGAACGGACCACCAUAUCGCCAUUUGGGCCAUUCAGAAUGAUCCCAUGAGUCGCGAAUUGAUCAAAUUGGUGCCUACACAGGCGCAGCGUGUCAAGUGGCAUCCGUCGGACUCGAACAAGAUCGCUAUUGCUAAUGGCAGCGUGGUGCUGAUUGCUGACCUGUCGGGGGUGGACGCUGACGGCUCGGGCGCUGACAACUUGUACGACAUCAGUGUGGUGUGCGGCCAGACGUCUGGUCAGAUCAAUGACAUGGCGUUCUCGCUUGGUAACGGCGAGUGUGUCGUCACGGCGGGCAGUGAUGGCUUCGUGCAAGUGUAUCGCGUGCAGGACCGACUUCCUGGUCAGCCAGCUGAGUUUAUCCAGCGCUUCGAGCCGUUCAAUGGUGAAGCUGUCAACAGUCUCCACUUCUAUGGUGGCAACUUCCUGAAUCAGCCUGGACUUUUGAUCGGCGGUGAAGCCAAUACCCAGCUAUCGCUGUGGAAUGCGGCGCUGACGGAGAAUACACCUCCCGUGUGCUACCAGACAGUGACGCUGCGUGAUGAAACCCUGACAGACUCGUCGCUGAUCCACGAGACGAUACUGGACCCGACGACGCAGUUUUUGUUCGUGGCUGACCGCAGUAAGCCGUUGGUCUACGCCUUCCACCUGGCUCCCAGCUCGGACGCCCGCACACCACGUCGAUUCGACAACGUAACCGACUUCGCGCUAGCUUAUCCAGUGCUCAGCAUGGGGUUACUGAACCGUACGAGUCAAAGCCAACCAGCACGUGACGGCAGUGGUGUGUCCUCACCACUGGGUGGACUGAACUUCACUAUGCAGCUUUACUGUCUCCAGACACAAGCCAUUCAGCGGUAUCACGUGGGUGCCAAAGAAUGUUACAUCCCUGGAGCGCGUGCCUCGAUCGAGGACGAAGUGGAAGCUAGCGAGAACGUUGGACAGACUGUCGGUGCUGUGACGACUGAAGGAGAAUACCAGACCACAGCCGAGUCUCCACGUGCUGCGCCUGCAAUUCCUGCUCCCGAGACAGAAAUUGAUGCUCAGGCCCCUGAAGACGACGACGAAGAAGAAAACAGCAGUACUGACCAACAUGCUCCUCUUCGCACAGGUCCCAAUGGACUACCUCGGGCUCCGUCGUCGCCUGGUGGUCGGAGCACUCGAAGCACUCGUAGCACUGGCGCUCGCUCGCUGCAUCUCGCCACCAGUGACGAUGCCGUCUCGAUUUCCGCGUCUUCGCUAGCUGGUGACGAUGGGAUGCUGCCUAACUUGCGCUUUUACAACCGCUCGUCGCCGUCUUCCUCCGUUCGUGCAUUCCAGGACGAAUCUUCUGUGCAGUACGACCCGUCUAUUGAUGACACAGCGAGCGAGACGCAGCAGCAGACACUUCUAGCUUCGCUUCGUCGUAUGGAGGCGGCACAGCUGCAGCGCGAUGAGGAGCUCCGUGAACAGAUGCGAGUAGUUAUGGGCACUAUGGGCAACCACCUGACAGCGCAAGUGUCGACUCAAGUGGAGAAGUCUAUUCAGAAGCAGCUGCAGUCCGUGCUGGUGCCUGCGAUGGGUCGCAUUGUCUUGCACACGAUGGAGAACAACUUUAUGAAGCCUGUGCAGAACGGAUUCCAGCAUGUGAUCAGCGAGAAACUGAUCCCGUUGAUGGAGCAGAAGCUGGAUGACUCUCUGGCAACGACGCUACCUGAUCAGCUGGCUAACGGCGUCGAUGAUAUGGUACAGCGUGUCGUGGAAGAUGUUCGUCAGCCGGUGCGUGAGUCGUUCCGCGAGUGUUUCCAGGACAUUUUGAUCCCGUCGUUCCAGGCUGCCACGCAGAAGAUGUUCGAGCAGAUCAACGACACGUUCGUGCAGGGCACACGCAGCGCAUUUGAAAGCAGUGGCCAAAACACCAGCAACGCGAAGGUGGCAAGUCAACUGGAGCAGCUGACGAAGGUGGUGGAAAGCUUGUCCCAGCAGGUGGAACAACUGAGCUCUGCUGUUAAUGCUGGAGCUGUGGAUGGCGCAAUCGCCCCUACUGCCCAGUCGGCUGAGGAGCUUCAGCUGGAGGCUCAGAAGAACACUGUACUGGACUGUCUGUCACAAAAUGACUGGGAGGAGGCGUUCAAGUUUGCACUCGGUGCCCAGAACGUGAACCUCGUGGCGUUCACGUGCCAGCAAUGCGACCCUCGUCUUGUUCUCAGCAGCCGUCCGCCCAAGCUCUCGCAGAUGCUGAUCUUGUGUCUGGUUCAGCAACUGGGUGCCGACCUCGUGGAUGACUUAGAGACGAAGCUGAACUGGCUGCGUGAGUCGCUCCUAGUGAUGGACGUGCGUGAUCAAACGAUCGCAGGAUUUGUGACGAGUGUUCUUCAGGAGUUGCAGACAGGUCUCAACAGCGUACCUGCGGAGUUCCGUGAUUCGCAGUAUACACUGCUGCACCAUGUACUCAACUCGAUGCUCAAUUCGGCGUAA